UUUAGCUAUCUGCUGCACUGUGCAGGCUCAUCCCUACCAUUGUACAGGCUUUUAUUCUGAAGUGAUGGCCUCAGCCAGUCCUACUCAACACAUCCAUCGGAGCCAGCUGCACAAUACCAUCUUUCCCAGAUACCCUUGGAUCUGAGGCUUUCUUCAGAGCUGAGGAUCUUCCAGAUGUUUUCCCAAAUCCUUCUGUUUGCCAUCAAUCUCCUGUCUGUGAAUGUGGGACAUUUCCUCUGCUGUUUGAUGAAAUCCAUCCCAGUUCUAAAGGACUUUCUGCCGAGCCCACAACAGGAGCCGCUCACCUUCAGCAACCGGAAGGGUUUGCAAUGCAUCUCGCCACUCAUGAGAAGUGUGGAAGAGACUCCUCAGCCCAUCCUGACAAAGGUCAAAGGGCACAUUCCAAAGUGGCUCAAUGGCAGCCUGCUAAGGAAUGGGCCUGGGAAGUUUGAGUUUGGAGAGGAGAAAUUUAACCAUUGGUUUGAUGGCAUGGCCCUGCUGCAUCAGUUCCAACUGGAAAAUGGCAUCGUGACUUACAGGAGCAAGUUCCUGCAGAGUGAUUCCUAUGUGACUAACAGCCAGCACAAUCGGAUCAUGGUCUCGGAGUUUGGAACCCUGGCUAUGCCGGACCCAUGCAAGAGCAUCUUUGGUCGCUUCAUUUCGUGGUUUGAGAUGCCACGGCCAACGGAUAACUCCAAUGUGAACUACGUGGUGUACAAGGGAGACUAUUAUGUCAGCACCGAGACCAACUUCAUGCAGAAAGUGGAUCCAGAAACCCUGGAAACCAAGGAGAAGGUGGAUUGGAGCAAAUUCAUUGUGGUGAAUGGAGCAACAGCCCAUCCACAUUAUGAGCCUGAUGGGACAGCAUACAACAUGGGCAACUCUUAUGGGAAACAUGGUUCCAGCUAUAACAUUAUUCGGAUUCCUCCGCAGAAGUCAAACCACAAUGACACGUUACAGGGAGCAAAAGUUCUGUGCUCCAUCGCUCCAGCGGAGAAGAUGAAACCCUCCUACUAUCACAGCUUUGGAAUGAGUGAGAACUACGUGAUCUUCAUUGAGCAGCCCAUCAAGAUUAAUCUGUUUCAGGUCAUCACAUCCAAGCUCCUGGGGAAGCCCAUUGCUGAUGGGAUAAACUGGGAGCCGCAGUAUAAAACCCGCUUCCACGUGGUGAAUAAGCACACGGGAGAGCUGCUUCCAGGGCAGUUUUACAGCAAGCCAUUUGCUACUUUCCAUCAAAUCAAUGCCUUUGAAGAUCAGGGCUGUGUGGUCCUUGACCUCUGCUGCCAGGAUGGUGAAGGGAACCUGCAUAUUUACCAGCUUCAAAACCUGCGCAAAGCUGGGGAGGGUCUGGAUCAGAUCUAUAACUCGUCAGCCAGAGCUUUCCCCCGCCGCUUUGUUCUACCCCUGAAUGUGGAUUCAAGCAUGCCCACGGGGCAGAACCUCAGCCCUUUGCCCUACACAUCAGCGAGUGCUGUGAAAGAAGCGGAUGGGACGGUCUGGUGCAUGCAUGAAAAUCUCCACUCCGAGGACCUGGAGGAGGUAGGGGGCCUGGAGUUCCCCCAGAUUAACUACUCACGGUGCAACGGCAGGAAGUACCGCUUCUUCUAUGGCUGCGGCUUUCAGCACCUGGUGGGGGAUUCGCUGAUCAAGAUGGAUACAGAAACCAAGAAAAUGAAGAUUUGGCAAGAGGAUGGAUUCUACCCUUCGGAGCCCGUGUUUGUGCCAGUUCCUAAAGCCACUGCAGAAGACAGUGGGGUCAUUCUGUCUGUAGUGGUCACACCCUUGCAGAACCAAAACACUUUCCUGCUUGUCCUGGAUGCAGAGACCUUCAGAGAACUGGGCCGCGCAGAAGUCCCAGUGCAAAUGCCUUAUGGAUUCCAUGGUACCUUUGUCCCACGUUAAUGUAGAAGCCUGCUACCUCAUAUUAGAAGCUCCUGGCCUCUUGGAGCUCAGGGCUAGGUGAAGCCCAGUGUGAAUCUCUGCUUUUCCUUUCCUUUCGCUUUUGCAUUGUGCCUUUGCUGAAGGAGCUGCCUCUGUAGCCCCCAAACCUGUUUUGUGUGCUGCUGCAGUAUUAUUAAUGCAUCGUGAAUGGGUCUGAAGCUAAUACUGCGCAAGGUGAUAGCCCCUUCUCUAGAAGAGCCUAGUGCCUUGGCUCCUUCCACUGUCCUGCUCUGCCGGUCUGCUGUAACCCCCAUGCUGCCAAGAGCUGGGCAGGCCAGGGAGGCAGCAGGUGCCAAGAGAGCACGCUUCUUCCCAGCAGCAAUGCGCUCUGAGUUGGAGAGGCUAGUCAGCAGCUCUGCUCGGAGGGGUGGCUUUGGCUUUAGUGCACAAAGCUAAAGGCGAGAAGGGAUCAAGGGAAGGAGGGGAAAUUGCCUCCUCCGAGUCCCAAGCAUGCCACUGCUUCUUCAGGAAACUGUCUCAACUCAGCCAGGAAGAGCAGAGAGGGAGCUGCCCUACUUGGCAGCUGGAAAAUAUCCGUUCUAGUCUGUCUAUGCGCUGUGCGCUAACAGCCUGUGCAAACAUCACGACUCAAAGAAAAAGGAUCGGUGUCAUCCCAUGCUUCCAUUGAAACCCUCCAUAUCUCAAACCAUGCCCCUGCCACGCCUCUGAGUGAAACCAGCGUGGGUCAAACACCCCUCUGCUGUGUCCCUGCCAUGCCCCCUAGUGAAACCAGCGUGGGGCAAACACAUCCUUGACAUGUGCCCACAGCAAAACUAGUGUGUGAAACAUGCCCCUUCCCAUCAUGUCCCCCAGUGAGACCAACAUGGAUCAAACAUGCCCCUGACACAUCCCUGCUACAUCCCCCAGUGCAAUCAACAUGAGUCAAAUAUGCCCCCACACCGCAUCCUGUUGUGAAAUCAGCGUGGGUCAACACAUCUGUCAUGCCCCCAUUAUGCCCCCCACAAUCCACAGUGAAACCAGCAGGUGUCAAACACAGCUAUUUUUAUUUUUCUGCUUAGGCACACUUAGAGGGCAUUGCCUUAAUUAACCUUCCUCCAGUCGAAUAUAACUCUCAUUCAUUCAUCUUUCAGGUAGAUGGGGAAGUCCCUUAUGCUCAGAUGCUUUAGUUGUGGUGGGAUGGGUGAAGAGGGAACGGGUUAGUUGUUUGUUUGUGGAGGCCACAUACAGCAACUUAUCUGUCUGGCUCUACUAAUAAAAGACUGCUCACAGUGAUUGGUA